AUGGUUUACUGCAAAGAGACAGAGAGAAUCCAAACGUACAAACAAAACCCAUUACGCCAAGCUACCUCAGCAAAGCCACUGACGUAUCAUCUUCCCCCCACAUGCACCCAAAAGUCUAGAAAGAGAGAGAGAGAGACAGAGUUGAAGUGAGAAAAUAGAGAGACGGGUUUUUAUAGGACAAGAAAAACUCAGAAGAGAAGACCCUUUUUGUGUGAAUGGCAGUUGGGAAAUAAAUGACUAUUUGGGUGGUCUAUGUACGCAAAGUUUAGAGAGGGAAAGUUGCUCAUCGGAUCGAACAAACAAAGCCGAGAUCAGAGGACCCUUUUGUGUGAAUUUAAUAGCUUUCUCCAGUUAAAAGAAAAUGGUGGGUAUUUUCUCCAGGUUUUCUGUCAGCAGGGCUGGCCAUCGACGAAGCCAAAGUGCACUUGAUGAUAGGGAAGUUUUACCUGCAAAUUCAGAGGCUACAACUGGAUCUGCUGGUGCCAUUCCUGCUUCUCAUGGGAUUGAAGUAGCGGGGGAGUUUAAGCCAGUUGAGCACCCGACUGAACCUCUUAACAACGAUACACCAGUUCAGUGUCCAUUACCUGAACCUUCAAUUCUUAAUGAUGGAAGAAUAUGGAAGGAGCGAAUGUCGGCAAGCGUGCGAAGGAGAGCGGACUUGCCGGUGAUGAAGGAAAGCGGCGGUCUCGAAUCUGAAGCUGCUGAGACAAAACAGAAGUCCAGCCCCACCAACCGAUUGAUUCUACCUUCUCUCAGUGCUCCUGAGCAUAACAUUCUGAACCUGCUUGAAGAGUGUAAUUAAUGCAUCUGGGAUUUAAAACAUGCUACUGUGUCUUGAAUGAAUAGAAUUGUCACAAUCUUCAAUUUCAAAUGUUUUCUUUUUAUCGUUUGAUAUUUCUCUUGUAAUAUUUUCUUUUCCCUUUUUACAUUUUUCCUUACCUAUAUGUAUUUCUAAAUGUAUAAUUGCAAAGUCACACACCUUGCUUAUGAAUAUGAAGGACUCAUAUGAAUGUAUCA